GAGGGCUCCUGUGCUAACCCUUCUUCGUUGUCUGAAGGGUCGUCAUAAAAAAAUACUCCAAGUGCCAGAGAAAAUGUAGAGGAGGGUGCAAGUAGCCCUUCGCUGGAAAGUAUGGAGGUGGCUGUAGAUGUGCCCGUGGUUGUAGGUUGGGAGAAUAAAACUAUAGGUGGCAGGCUGAGUAACCUUCGUAAAGCGCCACAUACAUUGACGGCCGUAUUUAGGUUUAGAGCAAACCUGCACCAUGAGGUAACGGAUUGCGCCACCUCCAUUAAAGGGUACAAAAGACUGGAGGAAGUGGUGAGGCAGUAUCAUGUUCCUAGGACAUUUUUGGUACGAAUUGGCACCAAAAAUGAAAGGGCUUGUAGUGUGUCAGCAGCAGGGUGGAUACCCGUAUAUGUGGACCACUUCAACGCUGGCCUGAGAUUCCCCUUGCCUGGGUUGAUUUUUGACCUUCUCUCAAAAUACAAGCUGGUGAUGACACAGUUGACCCCGAACAACAUAAAAUUUAUCAUAAGAUUUAUGCUAUUGUGCUCGAGGUUGGAGAUACCUGCGAAGGCAAUCGUGUUCAGAUCGUUCUUCUUAUGCCGGCUGAGUACCACACAGACGAGGUGGUACUACAUUUCUGGGCGAGAAAAAAGGGUGAUCUUUACGAACGUGAGAAAUAAGGUAUCUCGUUGGAAGAGACAAUUCAUUUUUGUCCAGGAUACGCGAACAGAGAGGGUUAGCAACGAUCUGGUAGCUUGCCUCUCUGAGUGGCGCUCAGGGCAUGCGUACAUGAACUACCCCAUGCUAACCCCAGAUGACCUGGAGCUUAAGGACCGAAUAACGAACUAUGUGAAGGGAGUGGGGUUAGUUGAUUUAGAAGCCCUGGUUACCCUUGAGGUGCUCACUUUGUGUGGGUUUGUGGAUGUCACAAACCUGUUCAAUGAAGCUAGAAGGACUAGGUCUAGCACGCAGAGGCAAACACGCUUUGACGAGCAGCCGCCUGCAGCACCUCGCAGCUUGUCACAGAGGGAGCGAGGCUCCAGCUCAGCCUCAUGGCCACAAGCCAAGCGCAGAGUAGAAACCAUUUAUGUUGAGACCUGGAGGCAUGCUCAUGAAGACUCCGAUGCAGAAAAUGAUGUGCCCUUGAUUCGGCGCAGAUUGAACUUAGGGAUGUCAACGGGGCCCCGUGGGGUCGGGGAGUGCCUCCCCGUCCUCGUCCCCGCGAAUGGUAGGGACGGGGAUCUCCGCGGGGAUUUUUUACGAGGGGCAGAUUUUGCCCCCCGUCCCCGUCCCCGUUCCCCACGGGGAAUGGGGAUCCUCGCGGAGAUCCCCAUUCCCCACCAAGUAAUAACAAAGUAUACAUUUUUUGCAUCAAACAUAAAUAAAAAUUAAGUUAACACAAAUAAUUAAAUCAAUAAAAUUGUU